AUGAGUAGGAGGAGCUUAGGGAAGGGGCGUGGCCAGCGAAGUAAGUGGCCAGAGUUUAAGGAGGAGACUGGUCAGGGCAGUGAAGCGCGGAUUUGGGGGAAGCGCAGGCUUAGCCGAAAGAACCGGAGUGCUUGCGGCACCUUCGAGAGGUUUAGGGAGAGGAUGUUGGUGCCUGGGGGGCUAGAAAGGGACGUGGGAAUUGUGAGCAGGCAGCGGGCGGGGUUCGGGGAAGGGGCGUGGCCAGCACAGCCAGGCGGUGGAGGCGCCGGCGCGGAGGGCACGGGGACUGGGUCCGGGGGCGUGGCCAGGGCAGGAGGCGGGGCCCGGCGCGCGAGGGGUGGGGGCGCGGCCCGCGGGGCGCGGCGGGGCGGCCGGCGAUUGGCCGCGGCGGGCGGGUCAGGUGACGCGCGGCGCCCCGCCACAGCCGGCCGGCCAUGGACGAGAGCAGCCCGCUGGUGUCCCCGCAGCGGGCCCCGGCCGCCGCCGCCUACGGGCUGCCCGCGGGGCCGGGCGGCGCGGUGCGCGCGCUGCUGCCCCCCCCGCCGCCGCCCGGGCCCCCCCGCCGCCGCCGCCGCCGCCGCGCCCUCCCCGCCCGGCUCCCCGCGCGCCCGCGACCGCGAGCGGCAGCCGCUGCUGGAGCGGGGCGCGGCGGGCGGCCGGGGCCCCGGGGCGGCGCAGGCGGCGGCCCAGGCGGCGGCGGCGCAGGCCCAGCGCGAGCGGAACGACUUCCCCGAGGACCCCGCCUUCGCCGAGGUGGUGCGGCUGGCGGAGGCGGCCAGCGAGCGCGGCGUCUUCCCGGAGCGCAUCUACCAGGGCUCCAGCGGCAGCUACUUCGUCAAGGACCCGCAGGGGAAAAUCAUCGGCGUCUUCAAGCCCAAGAACGAGGAGCCCUACGGGCAGCUGAACCCCAAGUGGACCAAAUGGCUGCAGCAGCUCUGCUGCCCUUGCUGCUUUGGGAGAGACUGCCUGGUCCUCAACCAGGGCUACCUGUCCGAGGCCGGCGCCAGCCUGGUGGACCAGAAACUGGAGCUCAACAUUGUUCCCCGCACAAAGGUGGUGUAUCUGGCCAGCGAGACUUUCAACUACAGUGCCAUUGACCGGGUGAAGUCCAGAGGGAAAAAGCUGGCCCUGGAGAAGGUGCCAAAAGUUGGGCAACGAUUCAACCGCAUCGGCCUGCCGCCAAAGGUGGGCUCCUUCCAGCUCUUCGUGGAAGGCUACAAGGACGCGGAUUACUGGCUGCGGCGCUUCGAGGCGGAGCCGCUCCCCGAGAACACCAACCGGCAGCUGCUGCUGCAGUUCGAGAGGCUGGUGGUCCUGGACUACAUCAUCAGGAACACAGAUCGAGGCAAUGACAACUGGCUGAUCAAGUAUGACUGCCCGCUGGACAGCACAAGUGUGCGGGACUCUGAGUGGGUGGUGGUGAAGGAGCCCAUCAUCAAACUGGCUGCCAUAGACAACGGCUUGGCUUUCCCCCUGAAGCACCCCGACUCCUGGAGAGCAUACCCCUUCUACUGGGCAUGGCUGCCCCAGGCCAAAGUCCCCUUCUCACAGGAGAUCAAAGACCUGAUCCUCCCAAAGGUUUCCGACCCCAACUUCGUCAAAGACCUGGAGGAGGAUUUGUACGAACUCUUCAAGAAGGACCCUGGCUUUGACCGGGGGCAGUUCCACAAGCAGAUUGCUGUCCUGAGGGGCCAGAUCCUGAACCUGACACAGGCCCUGAAGGACGGGAAGAGCCCCCUACACCUGGUGCAGAUGCCACCGGUGAUCGUGGAGACGGCACGCUCCCACCAGCGCAGCGCCAGCGAAUCCUACACACAGAGCUUCCAGAGCCGCAAGCCCUUCUUCUCCUGGUGGUAGCUGGCUGCUGGGCCCCCUGGGCUGGCUGGAGCAGUGCUGGCCUGCUCCUGUCUGCUGCUGCGGACCUGCAGUCAGGACUCUACGCUCCAGGAGAGGGCAAGUGCAUCUGGGGGAACUUCCAGCUGAACUCUGCCCGGGCAGAGCCAUGGAUUCCCUGUGCUGCGGGGCUUGGACACAGCCUGGCAGAGCCCAGCUCCAGCUGCAAACUGCCUGCUCAGCAGGAGUCCUCAAUGCAGCUGCUGAGUGAGUGGAGCCAGGGCCUGCCUCCUGCAUGUGGUUCUCAGCCCAUCUGCUCCCUGCUGGGGCUGGGAUCCGCCCACCCCUCAGGAACCCAGGCUGCUCGCUGACUGCAGGGGAAUAAAGGCAGCCAGUGUCAGCUGGAAGUGGCCCUGCUGGGCUGCCCCCCCUCCCCAGUGGCUGUUUGGAGCUGGUGUCCCUGGAGAGGAGGCAUGUGCAUGAGUUGAGGGGCUGGCACAGGAGACCCAGCACGUGCCCAGGGCUGAGCUGGCAGGGGGCAGCAGGCCUGGGGGUGCCCCAAACAGCUGCGCUAUUGAGUGUUUGUAGUUGCCCUUCCUGCAGAGGGGAGAGCAGGGGCUGGAGACUGUGGAUCCCAGGGAGCGCUGAGCACCUUGGCACAGGAGUGAUGCAUGCUGGGACCUGGCCCCACUUCAUAGGAAAGCUGAGGGCCCU